AGACCAUGAGGCAUCCCAAGAAUCGGUCUUACAAAAUCGUCUGUAGCAAUCUGAAACGAUUAUGGACCCCUCUAUGGAAAGGUAAUGAGUUUGGCCACCCAGAGUGGCUGGACUUCCCUAGGAAGGGUAAUAAUGAGAGCUAUCACUACGCCAGACGUCAGUACAACCUGCUGGACACUGACCACCUCCGUUACAGACAGCUCUAUAACUUUGACCGGGACAUGAACCGGACCGAGGACAAGUACGGUUGGCUGGCUGCACCACCGGCGUUUGUGAGUGCCAAGCACGAGGGAGACAAGGUGAUAGUGUUCGAGAGAGGCAACGUGCUGUUUCUGCUGAACUUCCACCCAACCAGGAGCCACACCAACUACAGGGUGGCUGUGGCCUCGCCCGGGAAAUACACCAUCAAGCUGGACAGUGAUGAGGUGCAGUACGGAGGCCAUGGCAGACUGGACCACAACACAGAGUUUUUUACUGAACCACAGCCCUUCAACGAGAGAGACAACUCUAUGCUGGUGUACAUCCCCUGCAGGACAGCUCUGAUCCUGGGUAAUGACGAUACCGAGUCCUGUUAUUAGAGCUCUGCUACGACUGACGCUCGCCACCAGCAGAAACAGACGUCCAGCUGGCGCCAACCUCAAGUGUUAUCAACCAAUCACUGUCAACCAACCAUACGUCACUAAUGCCCCCGCCCCCCCUUUCCCUCCCACCCUUCCCCAUUUAUCACAACUGUUGUGAGUUCCUAUGAUUUUUCCAUACACCUUUGACAAUAGUUAGUAGAUGACCAUAUCAACAUCAUCUGUAACGCAGCAUGGUGUUUCCCACUACAACCGAGUCGGGGCCUUGCUGAAUAGCUGAUUAUAUGUUUAACUAAUAUGAUGUAACUCAGGAUGACGGUUGCAGAAUUCCACUAACUUUCCCCAAAGUUCCCAGGUUGGAAGAUUUCAGGAAUCAGAGAAGUAUAAAGCAGGAAAACUUGGACA